GUCCGAAAAGAUCUCUCGGAGUUGCGGAGUACUAUGGGUACGAGUACGAGGAUGUACGGUACGGUACGAAGUGAAAAAUACUUUCUACCAAUUGGCAUGCACACUGCACACUGCUACCGGGUUCGUUUCGCCGUUUCGCUGUUCCGGCACACGCUACAAGGCCGGGAGGAUGCGGAUGCGGAUCCGAAGGAGCCGAAGCAGCGGCUGCCUGCGGGGUGACACAAGACUACCGGUCGUUGCGUUCCUCGUUGGAACCGCCCUCGCCGCCUUUUUCCGAGCAAAAGGGUCCCUUUCGCGUUCGCCUUCGCCUUCGCGCUCGCUGCUGCUGCCCGCUGCCGCUGCCCUCGCGUUCCGGCCGAUGCCCGGCACCGCCCGGUCGAGGGCUUUCCGUCGGAACGGGACGGGACGGGCCGAAGCGGGAUCGGAAUCGGAGUUGCAGGCACAGGCACAGGCAUCAUCACCCGCCGCGUGGGGGGGCGACCUCCACGAAGAGGCGGGAGUGGCGGCGGAGCUGGUGGCCAACGCCCUGCGGCUCUGCCUCGAGCUCCGGCCUCGGUGCCAAGAAUUCACGAGCGAGAGCAAAAGCGAAGGUGCCUUUCGAAGGGACAAGGCCGACGGAACGCCUCUGACGGCCCUCGAUCUGGCCAUCCAGGGAUACGUUCUUUCGAACCUGCACCGCUCCUUUGGCGGCGAUUCCUUCCUGGCGGAGGAAGACGCUUCGCUGCUGAGGGGAGCCCCGGACCACAAGGGGGGCCUCUCGGAACGCUCCCACGGCCUGGCAUCGAGGCUGGAUCCGGGGCUGGGUUUUGGGGAGUUCCUGGACGCCAUCGACCUCGGAACCAAUGGGGUUUGCGGCGGUGGAAACAGAAAGGGUGAGAGUGACACCAAUGGCCGCUGCUGGAUCCUCGAUCCCAUCGACGGAACCAAAGGCUUUCUGAAAGGCGGGCACUAUACCAUCGGCCUGGCCCUCUGCAUCGACGGCUUGCCGGUGGUGGGGGUGCUGGGAAACCCCUGUUCCCCGUCGAUCGAAUCGAGCACCAUGGUGGCCGUCAAGGGCCACGGGCUCCGCUACUAUCGUGGUGGUCCUUGCAGCGGCAACAACGGCAGCAGCAGCAGCAACAACAGCGCACCGUUCUCGUUUCUCGACCUCCCCCGGAACCUCCCCGACCGGUGGCGGGCCGGAUACGAUUUUGGGGGCGCCGCUUCGGACCCCCGGGACCGAAGCGGUGGCGAAAGAGAUGCAUGUGUGGAGGAUGCCCCGCCCUACCUGCUCUCGCUCGGGCCGGAACCGGACAGGGAACUCCAGGGGCCUCCCCCCCGGCCCUUCGGGGAGGGCCUACCCCCCACCGAGCUGUGCUGCGGAUCGCUCGCCAAGUACUUUGCCGUGGCGUCCGGGAAGGCCUGCGGCUUCCUCCAGGUGCCGUCGCCGUCGUCCUCGCUUUCGGUGGCCAAGAGCUGGGACCACGCCCCGGGGGUCCUCUGCGUCCUGGAAUCGGGCGGGGACGUCCGGAUCGUGGAAGGGAACGGGGUCGGAGGGGGAAGCUUGCCCGCCUUUUGCGGAAGGGAAUUCCCCAUGGGCGGGGGCAUUGUCUGCGUGGCGAGGGAAUCGAGCCCGGCAGUGCGGGAGCGGCUUUUCGGCUCGCUGCGGCGCGGAAGGGAGGAAGCCCGGGGAUGGCCCGGAUGACAGCUAGUGGGGUACAAUCACCGAAACAAAAAUCACCAUGAGAAACACACCGUGCUCACACCGAGAACCCCGAUCCGAGAACCCCAAACCCAAAAAGUAGCUGUAAUACUAGCUAGUACUCUAAUUGUUGUUCCAAUAAUACCGAUUCUGCUGUUGGAUCAAGCAACUCCCGAACUCCCUAGAGCUCAGACGCAAGCACCAGCAGAAGAUGAUGCUACGAUGGCAACAUACUUUCUUGCCAUAGCAUCUGCGUCAUCGUGACAGAACGAAAUUCAAAAUUCGUUUUCAACAAAGAAAGAAACGAAAUACGAUAUAUAUUUGCUUUUACGCACGCUGCCAAAUGAUCUUCUGGCAUUGCUUCUGCAUCAAAAGUUUCGGAUAAGAUUUUGUACUCUACUAUUUCAUUUUCCCAGUAAAAAUUUGCAAUUUGACGGUUUUGCAAAAGGGCGAAAAAAGAUUCUUUUGUUCUUUCCUAACGAUCUUAUUCCUGGCAUUGUCCUGUUCAAUAUCACAAGAUUCCUGCUGCGCACAAAAGGGGCCGAUUCAUCACCAUCACAAGCGACACAUCCGGAAGAACUGCGCAUGGUGUGGAACAUCGGACGAGCAACCGGGAAAGCAAUUAUUGCAAUGCGCACACGGAGCGGCAGUGGCAUGGAAUUGAUCAGUAGCGACACAUCGAAAACGACGCAAAACUCCGAGUUUGGCCGGGCCACAAGUACCGGGCCGAAUGGAGGACGGAUCGUUCUUCUGUUGAGGCGGCACAGAACAAAAAAUUGACAGUAGUAGAGAGUAGAGUAGGGGUUGCAUUGCGUUGAAACGCUCCAAACUAGGAAUUCGGCAUUUGAUUUCUUCGAUUUAUUUUAAAAUUUACAUUGUCUUUUACUUGUAACACAUAUGAAUAUUUUUUCAUUUUUUUCCUGUCAACAACGGACAGUGUUGUUGUCAUUCAUCACAAUAAUGUAUCCCGCAUCACUUGAUUCUUCUGAAAGCAAAUAUGUCGAGAGAGUUUCUUUUCUUCGUCUCAUUGUAAUCUGUUUCUUUCAAUGCGUUACUUCUCUGCAACUUCUUUAUUGCUGUAGUAUUUGGAUAGGGUUUGAAAUCGUUCCGAUACCGAGACAGAAACGCGGUACUACCCAUUCCUGACACGACAUCUCGUGUGCGUAAUGUCUAAUCUAUUAUACAUGGCUGUCGGUCUAAAGUAGCUGACCGGCUCACGAAAAGAACGAACAGAAUCCAUUGAUGGCUCGUGGCUUGCGGUCGUUCUAAAAUCGACAUAGCGAACUCGUGAGGUCCAGCAGCUUUUCGAUCCCGCCCUUGGCCCGGCGUGCCUCUUCUUCUUGCCGUUCCUGGAUGGUAGCGGGCGAGUAAAAGUUCUUGUGGUAGAAUUCGUGCGGCAGCCCCCGCUUGACGGCACAAUCCGGACAGAUCCAUUCCAUGCCUCCCCCGCCGCUGUAGCCGCCAAGCAUCCCGUUCUCUUUGUUCGUUGAAUCGCUGCUCUUGCUCCGGAGAGAGGACAACCCGGUCCCGCCCUGGAUGAUGAAGACCUUGUCUUUCUUCACGAAUUUGGAAAACCCACAGGAUUCACAGUCUCUGGGUUUCCGGUCGAGUGUUCGUUCUAGUACUAGUCCUCCGUCGAUGGCAACCAGGUUCCCUCCAGAAUCCCGCAAGAAUUUCCCCAUCUUUCUGUUCUUUAGCGUAAAAUGCGCAGUUU